AUCGGCAUCGCGCGAGAAAUAAAAUAGAAGCAAAUAGCUUAUAGGGCGUAAUAAACUAUUUGACAGAAGUACAGAUUAUUUAGAAAUUCUAACUUCAAACAUGCAAAUAAGACAGCAGUGGUAUAAAAAUGUAGUUUUUGCUAUUCAGAGAUUUAAUUCAUCAAAAGUUAAGGAAACUGUUAAACACAAAUCAUUUUCGAAUGACGGUCAGACAGUUUUGAAUAGCAUUAAAUCAGCUCCAGUUAUAAAAAGAAUAAAUUGGGAAAACAUUAAUCUGUUUGGUCCAUUACUGAAAAGGAGAGCUCAUAAAAAAAGUUUAAUAAAACCUGUUUCAGAUUCUCUAUUAAGUAAUAAUGAAAACUCUUCAAAUUUUUCAUUUAUUGAAGAAAAGAAAUGCCUUCUGUAUUUUGAAAAUUUGAAAGCCGAAGACUUUGUACUACAUAAAAAUAAAUAUAUUCUACCAUCUUCUAAUUUUAACAUAACUUAUGCAUUAGAUUUUCCAUUAUUAAAUAUAAGUAGUAAUGAUAAAUAUGAAGGGAUACCAUAUUUAUCAGAGUUAAAAAAUUAUAGUUUUCCCAGUGUUACAACUGUUUUAAAUCAAACUAUGUCGCCGACAAAUAUGGCAAUUCUUCAAAAAUGGAAAGCCAAAAUGAUUUCAGAACUAGGAGAAGAAGGAUUCAAAAAGUACCAGAAAGAUACAUUUGAAAAUGGAUCAUCUCUUCAUCGUUGUAUUGAAAAUUAUUUAUUGGGAAUACCUGAAUCUGAAUUAAUUAUAAAAGCAGAAAAUUUAGGACAUUGGAAAAGCUUAAAAACAGUGAUUCCAUAUAUUUGUAAUGUAAAAUUAUUAGAAAAACCUGUUAUGCAUCCUUAUCUUUUAUACAAAGGAAUAGUUGACUGUGUUGCCACCUAUAGAGAUCAUCUGGUUAUUAUCGACUGGAAAACAUCAAAAAGGCAUAAACGAACUUUUUCCAGCACCUACGACAAUCCUUUACAAUUAGCAGCCUAUGUGGGUGCCAUCAAUUUCGAUACGGCGCACGAUUUAAAGGUAGAUUCGGCCGCUCUAAUAAUUGCCUAUGAAAAUGGAGAUCCCGCCGACGUUCACUACAUGCCAUCCGCUCUGUGCCAUGUAUACUGGAAAGAGUGGUUAAAACGUUUAAGACAAUAUUGGAAUAUUAUGAAUACAAAAGAAACUAAUUUAAUAAGUCACUUGUGGUGUUCCCAGGUUCUUGCAUCCAAAACGAAAGUUAGACGCUUAAUUCCAUACAGACUAUUAUUAUUAUUAACUCAAAGUAAAAAUUUCCAAGAGAAAAUUCGACAAAAUUUUAUCAUUUACUACUUUCGACACGCGGUUCUUUAACCAAUUCUACCAGGACAAUAAAUAAAAUGUAAAAGCCAUUGACGACGUAGCAUCUAUCGGAAGUUAAAUGCCGUCGAUGAGUUUUUUAAUUUGCAUUAUAUUAUCGUCGUCGUCGACCAUUGUCAAUCCACCGCUGGACGAAGAUCGCCUCUAAUCUUUUCCAUUUUUCUCCGUCCAAUGCUUCGGUUUUCUAAUUUACGUAAUU